AUGCAACCAAGCAAGGAUUUUGAAGACUCUUUUGCCAUGGAAGGAGAGAAUCCCUUGACCAGCAAAGCCACCAUGACUGACACGCCAGAACCAAACACCACAUCCUCGGAGACCUCUGAAGAAAGCCUUCAAGAUGAGAAUAUCUUAAAAAGAGUCGGUAGCCUUCCUUUGGUGACCUCUGUUUGUGAUUUGGUUUCUGCAAACUAUACCUCCAUCAAAAGAAAAAGCUCCUACCUUCAGACGGUUUGUAACGGGGCAGAGAAAAGUGUGAAGUCGCUCACUGGAGCUGCAGUCAGUCGUGUGCAGCCAAUUUUGAUGACGUUUGAACCUCAGAUUGCAGCAGCAAACAAAUAUGCCUGUAAGAGUCUAAAUGCAAUGGAGGAAAAACUGCCUAUCCUACAACAAACGGCUGAUCAGGUUGUCUUUGAUGCAAAGGAGUUGGUGUCUUCUAAAGUCACAGGUGCCAAGAAUGCGGUGACCUGCAGAUUAUCAGGGAUGGUCAACGUGACCAAGGAUGCUGUACAGGGUAGUGUGAAAACUACCUCGUCCUUGGUUACCAGUAGCAUGAGUGUGGUGAUGGGAACAAAAAUGGGCCAGAUGGCCAAGAACAGCAUGGACGCAAUGCUAGGAAGGUCUCAUGCAUUUGUGGAUCACUAUCUCCUUGUCACAGAUGAUGAUAUGGGUGAACUUCAACCAUGUCGUAAAGGUGAAGAGAUGGAUCCUAUACAGCAAGAGCAGACCCAAAUAGCUUGCCAAGGCUAUUUGGCGUGCUUGAUUUCCUUGCUGAAAAAACUCCACACCUAUGUUUCCCAGCAGUCUCAGUGGCAUGUGAGGCAUGCAAGCCAAAGUCUGCAAAGAGUCCUUGAAAACCAAUACCUGGAAUGGAAGUCUUGGCUGGUGGCUCUGUAUUACACCAUAACUCUACCUCUGAGGACCAUUUAUCUCAUCAUACUUUUUACUAUUGAGGAAUUGUCAACCAGGAUCCAAGAGAACAUGCCCCAAAUGUCUUACAUCCUUGAAGAUCUCGAGAUGGCCCUCGCCACUCUUGAAUGUCUCCAGAAUCUCUGCAGAAGAAUCUUUAUCCGAGUCUUUGUGCAAAUGUUGGAGGACGAAAACCUAAAUGCUCUUCUGGACUACAUAAGGAAUACUGUACCUUUUUGUUUCCUUCCAAACCACUGCAAAUGCAAGACCUAA